CAUUACCAAACUGCACAGAGAGAAAUUUUAGUUGGAACGGAUUUGAAAUCUCCAACAGGAACAGUACUCCUUAUUGCUGGCUCAAAGGCUGGUGGCUGCAUCUUUCAGAGAUUCAGGUUAAAGGCCAUCACCACCACGAAAGAUCCCCACUCUGCAACUGGACAGGAUCACGUCGAGCUCAAGGACUCCUAAGACGCUGCUGCUACCGAAUAGCAAACAGGGGCUGGGAGAGGUUCCAGCACCACUCAGACAGGUUCGGACCGAGCACUGGCUGCUGCUGCUAAUACAGCACGUCCGGAAGGAGAGAUUAUAGGCUGCUAGACAUGGCUGCCAAAAGGAAUGAGGACCGGAAAGCCUCCACACCCCUCAUCGCCCUGCGUCGCCGGCGGCUCGUUACCAAAGAUGGGCACUGCACCCUGAGAAACACCAGUCAUGCCAGCGCCCCAGCCAAGGGGCUGCUUUACCUGCAGGAUAUCUGGAGCACACUGGUGGACCUACGCUGGCGGUGGGUGCUCCUGGCUUUCUGCAUCUCCUUUCUGGCCCACUGGCUCCUGUUUGCCUGCCUGUGGUAUCUGCUGGCCCAUCUGAAUGGAGACCUGGGAGUGGACCAUGACAACCCCCCUCCUGGGCACACUGUGUGCGUGAAAUACAUCACCAGCUUCACUGCUGCCUUCUCCUUCUCCCUGGAGACCCAGCUGACCAUAGGUUACGGCACCAUGUUCCCCAGUGGGGACUGCCCUAGUGCUAUUGCUCUACUUGCCGUGCAGAUGUUACUGGGACUCAUGCUGGAGGCUAUUAUUACAGGUGCCUUUGUGGCCAAGAUAGCCAGGCCAAAGAAACGGGCUGGAACGAUCAAGUUCAGCUCCUCUGCUGUGGUGGGGCAUCACCAGGGCGAGACCUGCCUCAUGUUCCGUGCCGCUAACAUGCGAGACAGCCCCCUGACGGAAGUGCGAGUGAGCGCCAUCCUGUACCAGGAGCGUGAGGACCAGAUACUGCACCAAACCAGUGUGGAGUUCCACUUGGACAGACUACGGGGACCAGAAUGCCCUUUCUUCAUCUUCCCACUGACCUUCUACCACCCCCUGACCGAGUACAGCCCGCUCUACUCUGUGCUUUGUGAGGGCAACCCUGCGCAUUUUGAGCUGGUUGUUUUCCUCUCGGCCACCCAAGAGGGAACUGGUGAAGGCUGCCAAAAGCGUACCUCCUACGUGCGGGAAGAGAUCCAGGUUGACUACCACUUUGCCAGUGUUCUGGGACUGGACCCCCAUGGCUCUUAUAAAGUGAAUACAACCAAUCUCAACAAAGUGCUGCCAGACCCCAGUCACACAACGCUAGAUGGAGAGAAGGUUUUCGUCAUACAAAUAAAUGGAGACGGUAAUGAUGGAAUAGGAGGAUAAAUGAAAAACCCUCCAGAGACAAAAAACACUCCCAGCUCAUCAUUUAUCUCAAUCACUGGGCAUUGAAGACAAUCAGUGGCACACACAGAGACAUGAUGUGUUUCUCUAAGGUUCUUGAGAUUUUGAUCCACAGAGAAAUUCCAGAGUGCCAAGGUUUUAAGAUGCCUUUGUCAAUUACAGCAAUCUGAGAAACAAAAGCUCACUUACUGUGAUUCAGCUGAAAAUGUGCCGGGGCAGCAUCUGCAGGGCCCAUAUGUGAAAGAAACAAACACACAAUCAGGAUGAGAAAUUCUGUCUUUGAAAGAAAUCUGCAUACCAUCAGCAAAUCAUAUGGUUAUAUCAAAUCAGCAACUGUUAUCACUACAUAGGCAGCCAAAAAGAUGCACUGCACUGAAUCUGUGUCUGUGACAGUGCUAACAUAUCUCUUUGCAGCCAAUGAGGCAGCAAUCAGGAUACUGUUGUUCAGCUAUUUCUCAGAGAGUUUCCACACUUUUUAUGAUGUUAAAUGUUUGUAAACCAAAUUUUCACUUAAAGUUAAGAAUGAGUUAACAAAUCAACAGAGAAAUAUAUAAUCUAAAAAUAUGAUUAAGUUAAUGUGAACAGAGCAGGUAUCACACAUUAUAAAGAGUAGAAAUAGUAAGAGUAUCAAAGUAAUGAGUAUAGAUUUUAAGAGUUCAUUAAUAUAUAGACUUUGCUGACACUUCAUGGAAAAAUAAAGUUGGUAAUAGUUUAAUAUUUGAAUGGCAAUUUUGAAAAUACUACAAAAAUAUUAAUGUGAGAAUCCAGACUGUGACUGGAGAAUUCUAUGGAAAGGUCACAAAACCAGAUAUCAUAGACAAAACAUACAAAAUCAACUGGUCCAAAGAUAAAAUAUUUCUUGUAAAAUGAUCUUUGGUAAGAACUGACACUGAAGAAGAGAGUUACAUUCCUCAAGUACUGUCUAGCAUGUACAAAAAUAAUUUUAAAAAUAUGAAUUACUACUCAGUUGCAGCUCUCUGCAUUGACCGAAAUGGUUAUAGGCAUUAAUGUAAUAAAGAGUAAACUUUUCAAUUCACGCACAAAACGAAUGCAGUUUGUAGCCUUUUCAUUUUCAAAAUGUAUAGUAUUUUUUUUCUCAAAGAAGUAGUGGCUCCUUUCAAAAAUGAUUGCUUUUGGAGUGCAAAUCAAUUCUGCUGCUUAUUUUAUAAUUCAAAAAGCACAAAAAUACAGUUGGAAAGAGAUGACAAAUGUGCUUCUAAAUAUAUGACUGUAAAAUUCCAUAUGUUGUAAACUGCAAACAAGACUAUGAAUGUUAAGCAUCAAUCAUUUGAUGCUUAAAUGGAAAGUAGAAAUAAGUUAACUUUUUCAUCCAAAGUCACUGGAGCAUCACAUUCUCCAGAAGGUGCUGCCUACAUCUGAACGAUCCACUUCUUCCACACCAUAGGCCUUCUGAAUGGCUGCUGCCACCUGUCUCCAUUCACUGGUAAUGCACCAGACCUGACUGAGGAAAUGCUAUGAGCCUUAGUUUAAAAGGAAAAUCUGGUGCAAAACGAAAAUCAAAACCUACAUCAAAAUGCAGUUCCUGCAUUUAGGUCGUUGUUGAUAAGUAUACUCCAAAUCCCUUGUAUGUGCCAAAACACCUCCAUGUUGUCACACGGUUGAUCUUAAAAAUCAGUACUCUCAGUGCUUCUUUCCCUGAGUCACAACUAGUCUUUCUCCAGUUCGAUGAGAGAAGGUGCAUGUAAUGACUUAUCUCACCCAUUGCAGUGCUCGUAGAAACUUUCAAUAGUCUUGGAAAAGAAUACACUGCAAUAUUAUAUAUUCAGAAAUGUAAUGUUGGGUCAUCUAUGCAUGACUGUUAAAUACUUUACAAUAACUUUAAGGGGUAGGAGAAUAUAAAUGUGUAUUACAAUGAGCAAAUAAGACUUUUAAAAUAAUUGUGGAUAUUUUAGGCAUUGUACCAUAGCUGUGUGGGGUUCAGAAAUGAAGGAUUCAAAAUGCAAUUUCUUAAUUUCAUAUAGAAAAUGAUAGUCCAGAAAGCUAUUCAAUACAUAAACAGAUUUUGCCCACAUCAGUCUAAGCUGCUGUCCAAGCGGAUAUAAAAUAGCCACACAAAUUAGAGUUGAAAUGAAUAAAAGAUCACCUUUUCAUGUU